ACCAAAUCUUGGACUGGGCCCGACAUCUGGACACUGAGACCUGCACCAAGUCAGUUGAUGGCCGUUGUCCUCUGGUGAAUGAGAACAGUAAUGGGUGUCAUGUGACACACAAUCAGGAGAGCAUGCUAAGGUUGAUAACAUCUGACACCACAACCAUGAGGUGCACAGCUUUCUACAGGUGGUAUCUACCUGUAUGGUUACUACAGGUGUGGUUCACCGCGGUGUACAGCGGGCAAGUCAAUGUGGCUUUGAACAAGAAAUACUCACAAAGUUCUUUCCGUUCUUUUGACGAUCGUCGCCCUGAGAACGCCGCCAACGACAACACCGAUGGAACCUUUAGAGACAACAACUGCAUUCGCACCUCCAGUAGCGAUGACAAUCCCUGGUGGGAGGUGGACUUGGGACAGGUGUACCCGGUGCUAAAACUCACCAUUUAUGGAUGUUCCGGCUAUGAAAGUCACCUGGAGUCGUCUAUCAUCACCGUGGACGGUCGUGAGUGUGUCAGGAUAACCUCCAUGCCAUCAAGGGCCAUCAACAUCAGCUGCAGCUCCACGUUGUACGGGAGGACCAUCAGGAUCAGCAAGUGUCCUGUCAAGAACUUGAUGAUGUGCGAGUUCCAAGUGUGGGUUUGUGAAGAUGGAACAUACGGAACUCACUGCCUUCAGCGUUGUGGUCAUUGUAAACACAAUGUCACGUGUCACCACAUCAAUGGCACUUGCUUUCAGGGAUGUGCCCCAGGAUGGACUGGAAACAUGUGUAACCAAAGUAAUCAUAAGUUACACAAGCCAAAAAUAUUAAAUAACAACACACAGAAAAUCUGCUAGAAGGUCCACUGGUUCACUGUCUCGUUCUCUUUUUAAUAAUACUCUUUCUCGUAAUUAACAAAGUUUUCAAUGUAAGACAUGCAAUGAGGAAUUUUGGCCUAACCUCUACUUUGAUGUUUACUAAGAUUUUUUCACAAAAUGUUAUUUCAUAUCAUUUUCUAGCUCGUUGCAUGAAUUACAUCGAGUAACGUUGUAACUAGCGUAUAAUAAUUUCCUAAUUGCAGUGUUGCUCCUUAUUUAUUUCUGUUUUGGAGAAACGAUCCUUAAAAGUUGUCGUAAACACACAGUCACCAACACUAACUGGUGAAUACUACACUAAACACACAUUAAUUCCAAACUGAGAGGUAUUCCACUGGGAGAGUUCUCUCAGUAGGUGUUCUGGGGGCACACAUGGGUGACUGUGUCACUAGAGGUGGUCAGGGCUUCUGCUUGCGUCCACUACCCAUACAAGUUCGGAGGACCCCUUCAAUUUUCGUCAAUGGGGUCCCAGGGAACCCCUUCAAAUUUGGGCGAAGAACAAAACUGGGUAAGUGUAGUUAG